CUGGAAUGAGGGGCGAUCGGCCAAAGCCUGAGUAGUGAAGGAGGGAGUGUGAGAGGGGAAGGAGUGAGAAGGGGGGGAGAAGGAGGGAGGGAGAGAGUGAGAGGUAGUUGCUUAACAGGAGGGCGAGAAGGAGGGGGUUGGAAGAGCAAUAUAUUCUCCGGGAUCACCCCCGAGGAGUGGCGAUCGAGGAGGAGGUCGGGCCGUCCCUUGCCGUGAGCCGGACAGGCAGCGCCAUGCAACAGCCGCAGCAACAGUACGACUUGUUCAGCGAGGACAAUGCGCCUAAAUGGCGGGGUCUGCUGGUCGCCGCUCUGCGCAAGGUUCAACAACAAGUACAUCCCAAACUUAAAUCGACUGAGGAUGCCUUGCAGUAUAUUGAAGAGCUAAUCCUACAGUUACUAAGCAUGCUCUGUCUAGUACAGCCUCGCAGUGUUCCAGAUGUAGAGGAACGGGUACAGAAAUCGUUUCCACAUCCGAUUGACAAGUGGGCCAUAGCAGAUGCUCAAUCUGCCAUAGAAAAACGCAAACGCAGGAGUCCCCUUUUGUUGCCUGUCGAUAAGAUUCACCCUCUUCUGAAGGAGGUGCUUGGAUACAAAGUUGACCAUCAAGUUUCUGUUUACAUCGUUGCAGUGUUAGAAUACAUAUCUGCCGACAUCCUUAAGCUGGCAGGCAAUUAUGUGCGCAAUAUACGGCACUAUGAAAUCACCCAACAGGACAUUAAAGUAGCAAUGUGUGCUGAUAAGGUACUAAUGGAUAUGUUCCAUCAGGAUGAGGAAGACUUAGGUGUGAUAGAAGAAGAGCCCAUUAACACUGGUGAACAAGCGUAUUAUGAUUUAGUGAAGAUGUACAUGUCCGAGAUUCGGCAAUAUCUAAGAGAAUUGAAUCUCAUCAUCAAAGUCUUCAGGGAACCCUUUGUAUCAGAUGCAAAGCUGUUUUCUUCAAACGAUGUAGAAACCAUUUUUAGCCGUAUUGUGGAUAUCCACGAGUUGACAGUAAAACUAUUGGGCCUAAUUGAGGAUACUGUGGAAAUGACAGAUGAAGGGAGCCCACAUCCCUUAGUGGGAAGCUGCUUUGAAGACUUAGCUGAGGAGUUAGCAUUUGAUCCGUAUGAAAACUAUGCGCAGGACAUACUGCGACCUGGUUUUCAUGACCAUUUCCUCAGCCUUCUGUCAAAGCCUGGUGCUGCAUUCUAUUUGCAGUCAAUUGGUGAAGGUUUCAAAGAAGCCGUGCAGUAUGUUCUUCCUAGACUGUUACUGGCACCAGUUUACCAUUGUUUGCAUUAUUUUGAACUUCUAAAGCAAUUAGAAGAGAAAAGUGACAAUGAAGAAGACAAAGAAUGCUUAAAGCAAGCCAUAACUGCAUUGCUUAACUUGCAGAGCAGUAUGGAAAGGAUUUGUUCAAAAAGUCUUGCAAAGAGAAGGCUGAGCGAGUCUGCCUGUCGCUUUUAUAAUCAACAAAUGAAAAGCAAACACCUGGCAAUUAAGAAAAUGAAUGAAAUCCAGAAAAACAUUGACGGCUGGGAAGGCAAGGAUAUUGGACAGUGCUGCAAUGAAUUUAUCAUGGAAGGCACAUUGACACGUGUGGGGGCAAAACAUGAAAGACACAUCUUCCUAUUUGACGGAUUGAUGAUUUGCUGUAAAUCAAAUCACGGUCAGCCUAGAUUACCUGGUGGGAAUUGCGCUGAAUAUCGUCUCAAAGAGAAGUUUUUCAUGCGGAAGGUACAAAUCAAUGAUAAGGAUGACACCAAUGAGUACAAACAUGCCUUUGAAAUUAUCUUGAAGGAUGAAAACAGUGUAAUAUUUGCUGCCAAAUCCGCAGAGGAGAAGAAUAACUGGAUGGCAGCUUUAAUUUCCUUACAAUAUCGGAGUACACUGGAGCGGAUGUUGGAUGCCACUAUGCUGCAAGAGGAAAAAGAGGAGCCACUUAGACUCCCAAGUCCUGAGGUGUACAGAUUUGCUGAACCAGACUCUGAGGAGAACAUUGUAUUUGAGGAGAACGUACAUUCUAAAUCAGGAAUUCCCAUUAUCAAAGCUGGAACAGUUAUCAAACUGAUCGAGCGACUAACUUACCAUAUGUAUGCAGAUCCAAACUUUGUUAGGACAUUUCUCACAACGUAUCGUUCCUUCUGCAAACCUCAGGAGUUGCUUAGCCUUUUAAUUGAAAGAUUUGAAAUUCCAGAACCCGAGCCUACUGAAGCUGAUCGGAAAGCUUUGGAACAUGGUGACCAACCUCUUAGUGCAGAAUUAAAAAGAUUUAGGAAAGAAUACGUUCAACCUGUGCAGCUUAGAGUUUUGAAUGUUUGUCGACACUGGGUGGAACAUCACUUCUAUGACUUUGAAAGAGAUGCAGAGUUGUUAUAUCGUCUAGAAGAAUUCAUUGGGACAGUUAGAGGUAAAGCCAUGAAAAAAUGGGUUGAAUCUAUCAGUAAAAUAAUUCUGCGGAAAAAACAGGCACAAGCAAAUGGACCGUCGCACGCUAUUACAUUUCAAAGUUCACCCCCAUCUAUUGAAUGGCACAUAAGUAAAAUUGGUCAAAUUGAAGCAUUUGACUUGCUAACUUUGCAUCCAAUAGAAAUUGCAAGACAGUUAACAUUAUUAGAAUCUGAUCUUUACAGAGCUGUUCAGCCAUCAGAACUAGUAGGAAGUGUGUGGACAAAGGAUGACAAAGAAAUCAACUCUUCAAAUCUCCUGAAGAUGAUACGACACACUACCAAUCUCACUUUAUGGUUUGAAAAGUGCAUAGUAGAAACUGAAAAUUUGGAGGAACGAAUAGCAGUUGUCAGUCGAAUAAUCGAGAUCCUACAGGUUUUCCAGGAACUAAACAAUUUUAAUGGUGUGCUGGAGGUGGUUAGUGCCAUGAAUUCAUCUCCUGUCUAUCGGCUGGAUCACACGUUUGAGCAAAUACCAAGUCGGCAAAAGAAAAUUUUGGAGGAGGCUCACGAAUUGAGUGAAGAUCACUAUAAAAAGUAUUUGGCUAAACUCCGAUCCAUUAACCCUCCAUGUGUGCCUUUCUUUGGAAUAUAUUUGACAAACAUUUUGAAGACAGAGGAAGGUAAUCCUGAUUUCCUAAAGAGACACGGUAGAGAGUUGAUAAAUUUCAGUAAGAGGAGGAAGGUUGCUGAAAUCACAGGAGAGAUUCAGCAAUACCAGAACCAGCCGUACUGCUUACGGGUCGAGCAAGACAUUAAGAAGUUUUUUGAAAAUCUAAAUCCAAUGGGAAACGCGUUGGAGAAAGAAUUUACAGAUUACUUGUUCAAUAAGUCUUUGGAAAUAGAGCCUAGGAACGCCAAGUCUUUACCCAGAUUUGCAAAGAAGUUUAAUUACACGCUGAAGUCUCCGGGAGUCCGUCCAUCGAAUCCUCGGCAUCCGGGGUCAGGCACCCUGCGCGGGCAUCCCACGCCACUCCUGCAGGAGCCGCGUAAAAUCAGUUACAGCCGCAUCACGGAGAAUGAGGCUGAGAGCACGGCGUCGGCACCAAACUCCCCACGCACGCCCCUGACCCCACCACCGGCUUCAGCAGCAUCCAGCUCAACAGACGUCUGCAGUGUCUUUGGCGACUCUGACCCAGCGAGUCCGUUCAAUUCAAGCACUGAUACCAUAUUUUCCCCCGUCUCACUGGCCCAUGGCACAAGAUCGGCAUCAAUCUCCUCAAUAAUGAGUUGCAAUAAAAGUGUGGAUGAAGCUCACAUGCCCCCUCCUAUCCCACCCCGCAGGCGGCCCGAGUCAGCCCCAACAGAAUCGUCCCCCUCUAAGAUGAAGUCAAAACAUUUGGAUAGUCCACCCGCUAUCCCACCGCGGCAGCCCACGGCGAAGGUUUACUCCCCCCGGUACCCGCUGUCCGAGCGAUCAUCGGUUUCCGAGCCUCCGGACAGUCCUCCCUGCUUGCCUCCUCGCGAGCCUGUACGAACACCAGAUGUAUUCACAGGCUCGCCUCUGCCUCUGCAGCCCCCGCCCAUGGGACGGAAAGCUGAGCUGCCCAACACUUUCUUCCCCAACUCCCCUGCCCCCUUCACCCCGCCACCCCCUCAGACGCCCUCGCCACUGGGAACUCGCAGGCAUUUGCCGUCCCCGCCUCUGCCACAGGAGGACAUUGGCGUCACAGCCGGGCCACCCGUUCCACCGAGACAGAGCUCCACAUCGCAAGCGACUCCAAAACUUCCACCAAAAACGUACAAAAGGGAGCACACACACCCGUCAUUCCAUCGAGAGGGACCGGCCUUGCUGGAGAAUGCCCACUCUUCCUAGCUAUAACCGAUUCUCCUUAAACACUACAAACUCGUGGCUACCGCUGAGGUUGCACCUUGAGGAAGAGGGAGUAGGUGGCGAGCCAGGGGUGCAAGCUAAACGUUCUGGGCUGCAAGAAUACUGUUAGUGCUUGGACAGGAGUUUCCAUCCAUUUACCUUUUAAGUUUGCAUUCAGGCAGUGGAGAACGGAUUGGACAGUUACAUGUAAAAACUGAAGCAUGUUGACUUUCCCCACUAACUGAGAUGGAGUCGCCGUGAUGUUUUAUCAGCGACGAAGGGUGGCCUCAAUAUCAACUGGCCGGCAAGAGACUUGGAGCGAAACAGUGGUUUGCACCUUCAACUUAAAAUACAGGAUUGAUGUUUCACGUAAUCAUGCCUUGUUUCAUUUCUAGAAUUGCAUUUUUUUGGUACCUAGACGAUUGAGGAGAUACUAGCGCUGCAUAAUAAUAACUCUAAAAACUCUGAAAUGUGGGCACCUGCUACACCAAAGAAGCACAUUCUUUGUGAAAGUCGUUCAAGAACAAGUCUGACCAGAAAGAUUCUUCAAAACAAACGUAACAUCCAUCUCCACUAGGCAACGGAAAACCCAGUCGUUCAAUUAUAUCACUGUAAGCUAACUGAAUUUAACCCAAUGCAGUAAAAUGUGGAAACUAGUAACUUCUGCAUUCACAUCUUCAAUGAACUCUGACAUAUUAUUCUCUUAAAUCCACAAUUAUUGACUUGAAUCCAAUGACUACCCAUUUCAUAACAUCACGGCAGUUUCUGAAAUUAUACGAAAGAAUGGAUCAGGAAAUUGCUUCUAGCACUGUUUUGCAAUGUAACAGUUUCAUUGGAAAGUGUAAGGAUCUGGAUUUAUUUCAAAAUAACCAGUCGCAAUUCUGUCUUGUAGCAUUGGCUGUGAUGAUGUUAAACUAUUUAUUCAGGUGGCCAAAUGUUCCCGUACCUUAAGUUGUGAUUGGAUAUUUAGGUAAAGAAGUUUGAAGCUUGGGCAGAACAUAUAUUUGUUGAUUCCUAAACAAGAGAAUAAAAU